UAUGAAAGUCUACCUAAAUGUAUUACUUUCUGUUUAUUGCAGAAAAAAACAAAGCCAAAGAUCUCAGCAUCACGGCGAUUAUUCUUAAAGACGAAAGUCCUGAAGAAAGCUUUUGUUUUGCUGGAGGAGGAGAAGAAAGAGAAAAAGAUUGAAAGAGAAACAACCCUAAAUGAAAGAGUACCAUCUCUCAAGUUGGCUGGGUUAUCGAUUCAAGAUUUACAGAAUCUGUGUAAAGAUCUGCAUCGUAAAAUUGAUGUUGUUGAUGAGGAACGCUAUGACAUUGAAGCAAAAGUGUCAAAAAAUGAAAGAGAGAUUGCAGAAUUAAACCACAAAAUAUUUGAGCUGAAGGGUAAAAUGAAGAGGCCUAACUUGAAGCGAGUAAGGGUGUCUGCGGAUGCCAUGCUCGGAGCUCUGCUUGGCGCCAAACACAAGGAGUCCAUCGACUUCAAGGCCAACCUUAAGACAGUCAAGAAAGAGGAGGAAAAGAGAGAGGAAGUGACUGACUGGCGUAAGAACGUGGAUGCCAUGUCUGGUAUGGAAGGCAGGAAGAAGAUGUUUGCUGGUACAUCAUCUUAAUAAAAAUAAAAUGCAAACAAUUCAUACAACACAAAGUUUACCAGAGCAAUGUAUUAGUAAUGUAUUAUUAUGUAUUAGACUAAAUGACAAAGCUGUGAAUAGCUGACAUAAGUGGAAACACACAGAACAACAAUGUUUAUAAUAUUAUUGUAUACUGAUAAUACACAGUAUAAUUGUAAUAAUAAUGCUUUGUUGUUUAUGUGUGGUGAAGGUUAUCAGCCUAAUAAAGAAGUCUUUUUCA